AUGAGUUCACAAGCUAUGAAGAAUUAUGCGUCGCAGAUAUUAGAGAUGUUAAAAAAGAAAGGUUUCACGAAGAUUAUUUUAUUGUUUCCACUGGUUAAGCCAAAAGUUGCUGCAAGUAAUCCAGUUUCGCUGGACAGAUACUUUGCGUACAGAAGAGCUUUGGAAUCACUAGAAGAUGAUAUUGUAUCAUUCUGGUGGACACCUGCUGCUGUAUUUUUGGACUUAAAAAGAGACCAGCAGAAUCAAGCUAUGCGUCAGUUCAGAGUGGAUGAACACUACAACAUGAUACCAGUGAUGCACAAAUUCCAUUUAAGUAAGAAAAAUGGUAGAUACUAUCCGAGAUUUGCACGCAAAACAGAGUUGAUUCAGGAAAUGGAUAAAAUGUACAAUUACGAUUGGCAUAAGAAGACACCUCCUGAAAUCAUCACUGAUCAAGAUGGCGCUGAAACUCAGGAGAGCAGAGAAAUUGUAACAGAAGAAGAUGGAUUGCAGUACGAAAUUAUCAGAAAAAAGACCCUGAUAGAGAAGAAAAAAGCAGAGAAUCCUAAAAACAUUGAAAAAGAAGUUGCUGAUGCUGUUAAAAAAAUAGAGAAGUUAAAAAAAUUCAUCAAACCUCAGACACUCCACAAGCUACUCAACAGGAUAGGAAUCCCCUCCCCUCCCGGUGAGGAACGAAACUUAUCAGAGACGGCAGAAACACCUGUCAGCCCUGCUGGGGCAUCAGAGACGAUUAAAAUUAAUGUUAAUCACGUGAAUGGGGCAACACAUAUCCCCCAAAACAUGCAGAGUGCACAACCGACUCUCGAAAGUUCGUUGAACUUGCUCAGGACACCUGUUACGCCGAAACCACCGCUGCGAAGAGAAGAAAUUGAAGCUCGAGUCAGAGAGCAGAUCCUCAGAGAAAAAGAUAAAUUUGAUACGUGUGUAGUGCCACUAACGGUAAAUGGCACCGCCUAUCCGGCUCAACUCGACACAGGUGCCACUCCCAACGUAGUAUCAGAGGAAACAGCCAACAUUCUACUCAGAGACCACUAUGACAAUGUUGAGUAUAUCAUGCUGAAAAGACCUAUAGUGUGUAACUUGGCAGACGAUUCAAAAGUAGAGUCAUAUCGCUAUGUCAUAGUGCUGAAGCUCAAAUUUGGAGAUUGUGAACUCAAAAUCCCAUUUUAUAUCUUAAAAGGGUGCAAUCAAAUUUUCAUUAUUGGCACAAAAACAAUGAAAGUGCUUGGAAUUAAACCUGAUGUGGAAAAUCAACAAGCUACCUGCUGCCCUCCAGGAGAGGAGAAAACAGAGACGUUGAAAUUUAUGUCAGAGCAGGAGUACAGAGAAAAAAUCACACUCAGGCGAAUCAGAGUAAAGAAAAAGAAUGUUGAGCAAAUUGAUCGCAUCACGAAAAAAGCCAACACUGCUGAUAAGUAUCAGGCAAAAGAGCCUGAGGAUGUUGAUGAUGGUCCAGAAAUAUUUUUGGAAACACUGCGAGCAGAUUUGGAGCAAGCUGUUAAUGAAGAAACCAUUACGAAGAAACAGGCUAAAAAAGCUUUCGACAUACUUAGAGAGUUUGCCUGUAUAUUCAGCAAGUACCCAGGAAAAUGGGUAGGACCACCUAUGAAGCUGAGAUUUAAAGACCCUAAAAACAUCAAGAGAUUUCAUGGUCCUAAAUACACUCCUUCGAAUAAGCAGAUGCCACUUGUGAGAGAAGCUCUCAGAGUGAUGGUUGCAAAAAAGAUCGUUGAACCGUCCAGUUCACCUUAUAUCAACGCAUUGGUUGUCAAUAUUAAGAAAAAUGGCGACGUGAGAUUAUGCCUAAAUCCUAUGGAAUUAAAUCCUAUACUCGAAAAUGAUUACAACGAGGCUGGAUUGCUUGAUAGAAUUAUAACGACAGAUGGACGUGCCAAAAUUUACUGCUGCCUUGAUUUUGUGGCAGGAUUUUGGCAGAUGGUGUUACAUGAGGCCUGUAGAAAGUAUUGUGCUUUCAUUGUAGACGGAGAAGUCCAUCAAUUUAUCAGAGUGCCAUAUGGAUUGAAGGUGUCGUCUGCAUUGUUUGUGAAAAUGAUGAACACAAUUAUGCCAGCGAAAAAAGGCAGAACUAAGUACGUUGACGAUGUGCUACUUAAAGCUGCAACUUUCGAAGAGAUGAUGGAACUACUUGUUGACACACUCAAGAUUAUCAGAGAUAAUGGACUUAGGCUUAAUCCAAGGAAGUCAAAGUUUUUCAAGAGUAAGAUAAACCAUUUGGGAUUCCAGCUCCAACCUGGCAGAAUUUUGAAGCAGAAUAAAAAACUCGAAAAGCUUGAUCAAUUCAAAGCCAAGCACACCAACAAGAAAGGUGAAUUCAAACUCAAAAAUGAAAAAGAUGUUAUGGCAUUUUUGGGCAUCGUUGGAUUUUACAAACGCUUCAUAGCAGAUUACCAGCAGUUAGCAGUGCCACUUUAUGAAGUCAUACGAAAAGAAAACUUCAAGUGGGGAGAAGAGCAGCAGAAUGCAUUAGAGAAGUUGGAAACUGAGUACCGGAAGAAGUUUGAGCUGGCAUCUCCGAUCGAGGGGCAAGACUUUUAUCUUGAGACCAGUUUUACACAUGAUGCCAUGAAUGCCGUAGUGUACCAAAAAGGAGAAGAUGGCACAGAUCAUGUAAUUUUAUUUGUGAGCAACACAUUUAAAGACCAUCAGAAGAGGUACACUAUAAUAGAGAAAGAAAUGUAUUCACUAGCAAAUGCACUAAAAAAACUCGAAAUGUGGCUACAUGGUUACAAAGUGCACAUCAGAAAAGAUAUCAUGUCAAUUGUGCACAGAUUUAAUACUUUGGCUCAAAUACACUGCAAAGCAGCAGCAUGGAUUACCCAUUUUAAUUGCCAUGAUUUGGUUUAUGAUUUGCCAAAAAGAGUUGGUAAAUGGUGGGAAAUGCAGGCACCUGAGCUGACCCUAUAUGAAACGAACUGGACCAGAAUGGUGCCACUUGGCGUUGUUUACAAAGACCUAGUAAAAGAACAGUUGGUAGACUGUCUGAAGAGGCUGGACUUGUACCAAAACAGAGAUGAAAAUUGGUCCAAGGUCAUACGAAGACUUCAAGCUGAAGAACUGGACAUGACUUCAAAGCAGAGAAAAGCGAAGAGACAGCUCGAGAAAAAAUAUGUCAUUUUGGAAGAAGAAGAAGGUGUCAGAGUACUUCAUCGAAUCAGAGAAGAUGGCUCAAAAGUGCCAUGUAUGCCAGAUGAGCUGUACAAAGAUACCAUAAUGUACCUACAUGAGGAAUACAGCCAUGUAGGAGCUGCCAAAAUCGAUGCUAUUUUUCGACGCAUGUACUAUUCGCCAAAUGUACCAAAAUCUGCCAAAUUGGCCACAAGCGAAUGCCUCGAUUGUAAACAUAACAAGAACUUUGGGCAGAAAAAGAAGCUAGAGUAUGCUCAAAUUGAAGCUUAUGGCAUAGCAGAUGUACUAUCAGCUGACUCGAUUGGACAAAUUGCUAACAAGGCCAGUGAUCCAAAAUACAUGUUAGUUGUGAAAUGUGUAUUCACUGCCAAAGUAUGGCUGAAAACCCUGAUUGUGGCUACCAAAGAAGAGGUUUCUAAAGCUAUGAAAGAGAUCCUCGAAGAAAUCAAGAAACUGGGGCACAAAGUGCGUAAAGUCAUUACUGAUAAUGGUACUCAAUUUGUGAGUGAUGCUUGGAAUGACCUACUCAAAUCCUAUGGUGUGAAAAUUGGCCACACUACUAAAUAUAAUCCACAAUCAAGCCUAGUGGAAAGAACAAUGAGAAUAAUUGGCGAUAGACUGAGAGUCAAGAUAAAUCAGUCAGCAGAGGACUUCGACUAUACUCACCAUGGCUGGCAUAAAUAUGCCAAACAAGUCGAAAAUGAGAUAAAUAAUACACCAACUGAGUUCGGGGUAAAGCCAAAUGAAGCUUGGGGAAUCAGAGAUGAUUUAGCUCAGGAUUUGCCAGUGCCAAGCAUUGGCAUAAAUGCCAAAUUCGAGUUGAGAAAGUUACGAGAAGAGCAACGUGCCAAUAAUGUUCCAUCAAUAACAUCAGAAGAGGCUCUGAAAAUGAAAAUGGACCCCAAAAAGCUCAUUGUUGAUAAAAAAGGAUUUGUAUGGGUAGCAGUAGACGGUGCCUGUUCUCAAAAUGGCACUGAUGAAGCAAUUGCGGGUAUCGGAAUCAGUUGGACACCCAGUGGAGAUUUCAAUAUUUCCGAACGAGUCGUGCACCCUGAUUAUAAAAAUUCCAAUAAUUUGGCUGAAGUCAUUGCGUUGAUCAAAGCGAUGGAAAUUGCCUUAAAAAAUGAAGUAGAGAAGCUCAAAGUAUUUUCCGAUUCCAACUACCUGGUUACUGCAGUCAACCACAACUCGAAAAGGUGGAUUGAAAAUAACUGGAAAAAUUCGAACAAAAAACCAGUUCAUCAUAAAGCAGCUUUCCAGCAGGUCAUUGAACUAUCCAAAAAAUUCAAGGAGUUCGAGUUAAGACAUGUCAGAGCGAGAAAAUAUGACCAUAAUAAUUUUGUAGCAGACAAGCUGGCCAGAAAAGCAGUCUACACUCAAGAAGUCAUUGAUGAAAAUAUUGACAAUAUGACUGACCAACAGGCGUUGGUGAAUUUUAUUCGUGAGAAAAGAAUGCAACAGAGAAUCAAUAACAAAGUCGCAUUCAACAAAUUACAUGGGCCCCCCACUAUUUUUGAGAAUGGUGAAUUGGUCAUGUUGACUUCGCAUCGCCUGUCGUCGUAUGAAAAAGGCCUGUCAAAAAAGCUAUUUCAAAAACGCUAUGGUCCUUAUACGGUAGAACAGCACGUUGGUAGCAAUUGUUACAUGGUCAAAAAUGUGGCUGACCCUACUGAUGAGCAAAUUGUCAACACUCGCCAAAUGACGUCAUAUCUUAACAAGAACCAGCUGGAGGAGUUGAAAAAUGAUUUAAAGCAGAGAUCAAAAUUCGAUAACAGAGACUUGGUGGAGAAAAUCAGAGAUUACUCAAAGCAGAAAACCAUCGAGCAAACAGAGAAGUUGGAAGAGGAAAGCGAAGAUGAGGAGGAGGUCGACGACCCCAAGGAUCCAGAGUAUUUGCCCAGAGGUUCGCGAAAACAACCUGAAAAAACCCUGGAAAAAAUUCGCCAAACUUGCCAAUCAGAGAUGCCUAAAAAAGAGAUAUCCAAACAUGAUGCAGCAUUCCGAGAGAUAAAGAAGAGAUUACGCAGAAAGCUCCCCCCCUCUGAAGAACGAAAGCUCGAAGAUUGCCUCGAACAAACAUUUCCUGAUAAGAAAAUGUACAGGGAGAGGAGAGAGGCGGCGCGGGAGAGGUACGAAACGCGUUCCAAAGCUAAGCAGGUACCUACUAAUCUCGAAAGCUCGAACUUGCAUACUCGAAAUGCACCGGAUGACCUUGGAAAUCAGAGAAAUAGAAAGCGCAAAAAGACAUUGAAUUUCAUACACCUCGAAAUGCUAGAAUGGAACGAACGUGCAUAUUUUGUGCAAGCUUUCAAGUUCUAUGAUAUGAACAAACAGAGACAAGUCAAAAGCUGUGUUGCAGAUAAAGAAUAGAUGCGUAUCUGCUUUGAAAGCUCGUGAAUGAAAAAUACAUUCUUAUCUUAGUUGUAGGUUAUUUUUAAAUUCGCUACAAUAGAAAGCUUUGAGUGCGGAAAUACCCGCCUUUGAUAUAGAAUAAGUUGUACUUUUAUGUUAUCUAGAAUUAGGCAAAAUUCUUCAUGCUUUUACACAGAGGCGUAAUAUUAUCUUAGUGUGAUAUUUUCUGCAUGCGUUGGAGGGAGCGAAAACCGGUUUUCUCCCACCUUCAGUCAACCAAAAGCUCAGCUUCGUCGAGCUUUCAAAGUAUUCCAUGCCACAGUUCGAUUAUGUGGCCCGUUCGCGUCCGGUUAAACUUUUGGCUUUUGUUUGCUGAGUAU